AUGUCUACCACAAAGACCAGGAAGCGCAAACAACCUCCGCGUCCUCGCGGCCGCGACCGCUGGGCCGUCGCAGAGGAACACGACGUGCCCAGCGCACCGGAUCCCGCACUGUUCGUCCAGGCGCACGAAGCGGAUGUCGUCCGCGGGCCUCGAGCCCACGCAGCGGCUGACUCUCUGGAAGUGUCUUACUACGAGGACGCCGGGAAACGCAAGGCUCGUAUCGGGGAAGGGCUCAUCAAGUGGCAGGGCGCUGCCGGUGGACGUGUGGAGGUUGAGGACGAUGGAGAGGAGCUGGUCUCGCUCGGCCAAGCUUCCACCACAGAGCGGCGAGAUGAAGAGGACGCGGAGGGUCUGUGGAUGGACAGGUAG